GAACUGUAUUAGUUACAAAGAAGAAAAGCCAUCCAGGGGGCACCCGGAUUUGAACCAGGGACCUCUUGAUCUGCAGUCAAAUGCUCUACCACUGAGCUAUACCCCCGCGCGAGUUUGGCGCCUGGAGAUACAUCUUUGGAUGGAUACUAGGACAUUGCUGCACUGAGGCAGUUAAUAAGACUCGCUCCGGGGAAAGAGAAGGCGCGCGAGCUCCGGCGUCCCCGCCCCAGCCUUUCUUGGAGCCAUGAAUCCCAAUUGCGCCCGGUGCGGCAAGAUCGUGUACCCCACCGAGAAGGUGAACUGUCUGGAUAAGUUCUGGCAUAAAGCAUGCUUCCAUUGCGAGACCUGCAAGAUGACACUCAACAUGAAGAACUACAAGGGCUACGAGAAGAAGCCCUACUGCAACGCACACUACCCCAAGCAGUCCUUCACCAUGGUGGCCGACACCCCGGAAAACCUCCGCCUCAAGCAACAGAGUGAGCUCCAGAGUCAGGUGCGCUACAAGGAGGAGUUUGAGAAGAACAAGGGCAAAGGCUUCAGCGUGGUGGCAGACACGCCCGAACUCCAGAGAAUCAAGAAAACCCAGGACCAGAUCAGUAACAUAAAAUACCACGAGGAGUUUGAGAAGAGCCGCAUGGGCCCCGGCGGGGGAGAGGGCAUGGAGCCUGAGCGCCGAGAUUCCCAGGACAGCAGCAGCUACCGGAGACACCAGGAGCAGCAGCAGCCUCACCACAUCCCGAGCAGCGCCCCAGUUUUCCAGCAGCCCCCGCAGCAGCAGGCGGCCCCGUCCUACGGCGGAGGUUACAAGGAGCCUGCGGCCCCAGUCUCCAUACAGCGCAGCGCCCCAGGCGGGGGUGGGAAGCGGUACCGCGCGGUCUACGACUACAGCGCCGCCGACGAGGACGAGGUCUCCUUCCAGGACGGGGACACCAUCGUCAACGUGCAGCAGAUCGACGACGGCUGGAUGUACGGGACCGUGGAGCGCACCGGCGACACGGGGAUGCUGCCGGCCAACUACGUGGAGGCCAUCUGAGCCCACGGGCGCCGCCUCGCCCACCCUCCUCCAGUGCAUUCCACGGCAUCGCAUCGUCCCGGGCGCGGCCCGUCCGCCCCUCAGUGUCUCUUGUGUUUUCAGCUCUGCCACAGCUUGUCUCCUCCCACCCUCCUCCAGCUGCUUUUGCCAACUGAAGCCUUGUUCUGCCACUUUCGCGGGCUCCUUCCUCUGGCAGGUUUUCCCCACGACCGAUGUCUUGGUUUUCUCUCUAGACCGAACGGGUGUGGGCCUUCCUGGGGGAGGCCGAAGCCUGUGGGGCCGCCCCAGAAUGGGGGUCCUGUGGGCUCCCAGGCCUCUACCUUCUCUCUCUGUUCUGGCCGCUCGGACCCUCCCGCCCACCACCUCACACACCUGAACAUUCCAGGCUGGGGUGAGCCCCAGACCCCCAGGCCUCCCAGGGCAGGAACUCCAUACAUUCCCCGGAGGGGGGUCCUGCGCCCUUGCCCCUGGGGUGGGUCGGGUGGGGGGCUGCCACUGUGUAGGCUCCAGUGAGAGGGCUUUCCCUGAAAGAUGGGGCUGCUGGCCCUCUGAGGGGUCCCUCGCCACCCUCUCCCCUUCUCAGAGACAGCAGAGGAGGGUGCAGUUCCCACUCUGGGGCCCAUGUCUCCUCACACGGUUCCUCCGCACACUGUGAUUUCGCUCUCCUGCGCCCGCAGACGGGUGUGGGCUCGGAGCUCCCCAGGAAGCACGGCCUGGAUCAAGUCCUGGCCCUUCUCACUUGUAGGGACAGCUGCAGGAAAGGAGGGAACAGGGUGUUCUCUCCCAGAGCCCUUUUUUUCCUCACUCUCCCAACCCCCAGGGACCCAGCUUGCCUCCUUGAGUGGAGGCUGUGGUCCUCACAGGUGAGGCAAGGAAGCCUUGGGCCUUCGGCCUUUGAGGCUCAGCCCCCCGCCCCCAUCUGGGCCAGGUGGGCCACUCCUCGUGGGAGGAUGUCCUCCCCGUGGCCUCCCCUCCCCCACCCGUUCCCCAGUGGACUAGAACUGUGCGAAGCCACAGGGUCUUCCGUAUCUCCGGGACUGGGCGUGUGGGGGGAGAAGUGUGUGUGUCUGUAAGUGUGUGAGCCAGCGUGAGUGUGAGCGAAGGGGCAGGGUGCGGGCUGCAGGAGUCUGUGGGCUUACGUGGGGGUACACAGAACGGUUCUCCCCGAUACUUCCUCAAAACCCACAGAGGCGGGGGAGGGGAGGCCCUAGGGGAGAGAAGUCCCUUCAUUUUCUUCGGAAUGAAAAUUCCUCCUUCUGUCCAGGAAUGGAGGCGGCCCACCUACCCUUCUCACAGUGGGCUGGGCAGAAGUGAGGGCAUGAUGGGAGAUGGGUGGGGGCAGGCACCGCAGCUCCGGGCACGCUCUCAUCUGCUGUCUCCGUGUCCCGCGCUGCAGAACAGGCGCCGGAGGACCCUGCGUUACCCACGCUGUGGGUGCCUUACUCUGGGUGCUCUCACCCCAGUCCUCUCCCUUACCUAACUAAAGCCCCCUUGAGGUGUUGGGAGAGGGUCCCAGGGCUACAAAACUGGACGCACAGACCCUGGGAUGAGGAAGGGAGAGUGGUGCUAUCUCCAAGUCCCUUCUGUCCCUCGCUGGAGGCUGCGACAACCCUGUCCUGGCUUUAUUCAUCUCCGGGCUUUCUCAUUACCCUCUGGGCCUCCCCCUCCCACCUCCACCCUGAGCCACUCGGGCCCCAUAGGGACAACUUUGCAUCCUCUCACCCUGCUGCUGGCCGUGGGCUGCAGGCACAAUCAGCAAGUCCUUGCUGCUUGUGAGUCAAGUUGGGAAUACUUACCCCAAACCAGAGAACUUAGGAAAUGACUGUGGGCGGGGGGAGCCCCUGCCUGACCAAGCACCCCUUUUCCUGCUUGGCCUCAGCCAGGUGAGGGCAGAGGGAGGGUCUCGUACUAGGUGGUUUGGGGGAUGAGGGAGCAAUAUUGGGAGCCUUGGGAGAGGCACUGGGUCAUCCCAUUUCCUCUUGAUCUCAGAGCACAACGUGGAUUGUGGGACCAAAGGUCAAAGAUGCGCCCUGCAGAGGACCCGUGGUCUGGAGCGGGGAGGAGGGGCAACGAGCAGCCUUUAAACCCAGCUUCACUUCCCUUCCAAAGCAAGGCCGGCCGGCCACUGGAAUCUUGCUGCCGGCCCUCUGCUCCUCCCAUCCUAAAAAUAGGGGGCCUUUUCUUACACACCCCAGAGAGAGGAGGGACUGUCACACUGGUGCUGAGGGACCCAGGGGCUGCUGGGAGUCCCGUUCCUUUCCAGAACCAUCCAUCCCUAAAAAGAGCACAGAAGCGGGGACUGGGCGGAGGCCCAGGUCGUCUUCUCAUAGUUCACAGAGGUCUUUCAGCCCGUGUCCCAGGAAAGGAGAUACAUCAAAGCUAGAAUGCGAACAUAACGUUAGUGGACCAAUGACAAAGUGCAAGAAGCCCAAUGGUGAGAAAGUGAGUUUUCUCAACACUGCUUCCUGUUUUCUUCCUCAUGUCCCUCCAGGGAAAACUGUUGCUUAAUUUCUGCCUUUUUUCCUCUUCACAUAAGCACUUUUGGGCCUCCCCCCCUUUUUUUUUAAUAGCUGGAAAAUGCCACCCACAGACCUGUAUUUAAAAAGAAACAGAAAUGACCACGUGAAACUUGCCUCUGUCCAAACAUUUCAUCCGUGUGUGUGAGCCGUCACUCAUCCUUUUAUAUGGGGUGGUUGUCUCUUCCCGGUCUGUCUGGGCCCCUCCCUCCCUCGUGGGCUUGUGCUUGGGAUCAAACCCUUCUGGCCUGUUAUGAUUCCGAACAUUUGACUUGGACCACAAGUGAAUCUGAAUCUGGUGACUCAAAUAAAAGUAUAAUUUUUA